AUGGCGCAGUUGCCGAAUUCGCUCGAAGCCCGCGAUGUCGCUUUCCAGCUCCACUCCUAUGCGGAUGCACGCAAGCAGGAGCAAACCGGUUCGCUGGUGAUCGAAAAGGGCGAGGGCAUCUAUGUCGAGGACGUGAGUGGCAAGCGCUACAUCGAGGGCAUGGCGGGCCUGUGGAGCGUUGCCGUCGGUUUCGGUGAAAAACGUCUUGUGGAAGCUGCCGCCCGUCAGAUGGAAAAGCUGCCCUAUUAUCACACCUUUACCUUCAAGACCCACGGACCAUCCAUCGAGCUUGCAGAGAAGCUGAUUGAAAUGGCGCCCGUGCCGAUGUCGAAGGUCUAUUUCACCAAUUCCGGAUCCGAGGCCAACGACACGGCGAUCAAGCUGAUCUGGUACCGGUCCAACGCACUUGGCCAGCCGGAACGCAAGAAGAUCAUUUCCAGGAUGCGCGGUUACCAUGGCGUGACGGUCGCCUCCGCCAGCCUGACCGGCCUGCCGAACAACCACAAGUCCUUCGACCUGCCGCUGCCGCAGAUCCUGCAUACGACCAGCCCGCACUAUCGCACGAUGAAGAAGGACGGCGAGAGCGAGGCGGAGUUUGCAAGACGCUGUGCGCAGGAUCUGGAGGACCUGAUCCUGGCUGAGGGUCCCGAAACCAUCGCCGCAUUCUUCGCCGAACCGGUCAUGGGAGCCGGCGGCGUUGUCGUGCCUCCGGACGGGUAUUGGCAAGCGGUUCAGCCGGUCCUCAAGAAAUACGGCAUUCUUUUUGUUGCCGACGAGGUGAUCUGCGGUUUCGGACGAACCGGCAACAUGUUCGGGACUGAAACUUACAAUCUGCAGCCGGACAUGAUGACCUUGUCGAAAGCCCUGUCAUCUUCCUAUCAGCCGAUUUCUGCGCUUUUGAUCAACGACACGGUGUAUGAACCGAUUGCAGACGAAUCCCACCGGAUCGGUGUUCUGGGACACGGCUAUACCGGUAGCGGGCACCCGGUUGCUGCAGCUGUGGCGCUGGAGAACCUGAAAAUCAUCGAAGAACGGGACCUGGUCGGGCAUGUCAGGGAGAUCGCACCGACCUUCCAGAAACGGCUGGCAGGUCUUGCCGACAACCCUCUGGUCGUCGAGACACGCGGCAUUGGUCUGAUCGGCGCGGCCGAGCUGCAACACCCGGCGCAUUCGGAUACGCCCGGGUCGCUCGGCGCCGCAGCGAAUGCCGCCUUUCAGGAAAACGGCCUGAUCUCGCGUGCCAUGCUUGAUGCCAUGGCCUUCUGUCCUCCGCUGAUCAUUACGGACGGGCAGGUCAACGACCUGUUCGAUAUCGCCGAGGAGAGUCUGAAAAAGGUGGCCGCCAGCCUAUGA